AAGACGCCAUGCCGUGACAACGACCUAAUAACAUGAAAUCAUUGAAAACCCAAUUUUGGCGGGAGUACACGCCAUCAUGCCAACAAAUUUAGACACUUCAAAGUCGUCGGCUAUCCGCGUCAGGGACAAUCAACGCCGCGCAAGGGAGCGGCACAAGGACUACGUCAAGGACCUUGAGCGUCGGGUGGCCGAGUAUGAAAAGCACGGAGCACGGGCGACGCUUGAGAUGCAAACGGCUGCCAGAGCUGUUGUGACGGAGAAUGAGAGGCUGAGAAUUCUUUUGGAGCGGAAAGGCGUCGAAAAGGAAGAGCUCAAAGCUUUCUUGAAGAGUUUCGACGACCACAGACCACCCAUUCCGGCGACCCGGAGCGAGAACCACCAUGUGCAGGGCUCUGUGCAGUGGGAUCAGCCUGAGAGCCUUGAGCAUCCGGCGCAAGGCUCUGGAGGCCCUGACGUUGGCAAGCUCGAAGUGCUGGCUGAUGCGAGUGCGUGCUGCGGCGGUCUGACGACCUGUACGAUGCCAACCACGCUCGAUACGCAUGCUUCGAGCACAGCAGCAUCGCCGAUGAUGGCGCAGAUUGACACGGCGACCUCGUCCCCACAGAUGAGCGACAUGCAGCUACAAUCGUCGACAACCAUGUCAUGCGAGUCCGCGGCCAACAUUAUAGCUGAGAUGCACGGCCAUGGCGACAAGUAUCUCACAAAGGCCUACCUCGGAUGCGGCACGGAAGAGGACUGCACAGUCAGGAACACGACUUUGUUUCAAUUUCUAGACCAACGGCACAGCUGAAAUGUCGACUUCUCGAGAACCAGUUUACGGCUUCCAUUGCCACCUCUUGCCCAGCCAUCUCACCAGGUACACCAACCCGAUGAGCACAGGUACCUCAAUCAAAGGCCCAACCGUUGCAGCCAGCGCCUCCUCGCUGCCACUACCAAACGUGGCGACGGCGACUGCAAUCGCCAGUUCAAAGUUGUUGCUCGCUGCGGUGAAGCUCUGUGUACACCCCAGCUUGUACCCGAAUCCCAACCUCCUGCUGAUCCACAGCGUGGCGAGGAAGAUGACAGC